AUGACCGAAGAUGAAGAGGACUGGGAAGAGUAUGUCAAAGGCGGCUACCAUCCAGUCAAAAUCGGGGACACCUUUUCUGACGGAAGAUAUCUCGUCGUUCGUAAGCUUGGUUGGGGUCAUUUUUCAACCGUUUGGCUUGCAAAGGAUCUCAAAAUGGACCGCCAUGUCGCCUUGAAGGUCGUCAAGUCCGCUCCUCGCUACACAGAGACCGCUCUUGAUGAAAUCAAGCUUCUCCAGCGCCUCAUCACUUCCUCGACGCCACCCGUUCAGCCAACUCCUUCAAAUCCACAUCCACCGCCAUCUCCAUCCCAGACACAUCCAGGUCGUUCCCAUGUCAUGUCCUUUCUCGACCAUUUCCGGCACAAGGGUCCCAACGGCACUCAUGUAUGCAUGGUAUUUGAGGUCCUUGGCGAAAAUCUCCUCGGCCUCAUCAAGCGGCAUCAGAACAAGGGCGUUCCGAUGCAUCUUGUCAAGCAGAUCGCGAAACAAGUCCUUCUUGGCUUGGAUUACAUGCAUCGCUGUUGCGGCGUUAUCCACACAGACCUCAAACCGGAAAACGUCCUCAUCUGCAUCGACGAUGUCGAGUCUAUCAUACAGGCAGAGCUCGCUGCGUCCUCCUCCAGUGCAUCCUCGCCGCCCACCAAACUUGUCGGCGUACCUGCUUCCAAGGGCCGGGGUGGCAACCAGACGCCUAGAUCCGAGAGCAUCUAUAUCACCGGGUCCCAGCCCCUCCCCAGCCCCUCCUCGUCUUAUGGCAGUAGUCCUAUGCUUGAUAAAUGGUCCUUUGGCAUGAGUAAGAUAGAAGGUGAAGAAUCAGACAAGAAGCGCGCCGACUCUGCCGAUCUCGCCGCAGAGGUUGGUAACGUUUCAUUGGAGAACGGUUUCGGAGAAAAGGUCAUUCCUCAUCCAGCAAAGACAGCUCCUUCGCUUCUAUCUCAGCAGGCGCCUCAUGCCGUGACUUCCUCGUCAUCACGUCCAGCAGAGUCAUCGCCAACCCUACAAACCUCUAGAGAUGACCCUGUAUACGAUGGCCAUGAGAAGAUCACUGUCAAAAUUGCCGAUCUGGGUAAUGCCACUUGGACGGAACACCACUUUACAGACGAUAUACAGACACGUCAAUACCGGUGUCCGGAAGUCAUUUUAGGCGCCAAGUGGGGUGUCAGUGCCGACAUAUGGAGUGUCGCAUGCGUGAUAUUUGAGCUGAUAACAGGGGGCGACUAUCUCUUUGACCCGGCCGCGGGAUCACGGUAUAGCAAAGAUGACGACCACAUCGCACAAAUAAUGGAAUUGAUGGGCGAAAUACCCAAGAGCAUCGCGCUCACAGGGAAGUAUUCCUCUGAAUUUUUUAAUAGGAAAGGGGAGUUGCGCCAUAUCAACAAACUGCGGUAUUGGCCUCUUGAGGCAGUGCUGCACGACAAAUACCUAUUUCCGAAACCGGAGGCAGACGCAUUAGCGUCCUUCCUCACGCCCAUGCUACGCCUCCAUCCGGAGAAACGAGCUAAGGCCGGAGAUCUGAUAUACCAUAAUUGGCUGGAGGGAGUAGUGGUUCAGGGCGAGAGGGACGUGAUACGGCGGGCGGAGGAGGAGGAGCGGGAGAAGAAAGAAAAGAGAGACAGCCGAGAGGUCGACGCCAUGAAACCUGUAGAAGAGGUCGACUUGACGACGACCGUAGAAGAAGCCAAGCCGCCGCCUCAUUCCUCUCAGCAUCAAACACCCGUCCUGGCGCCUGCGCCGAUGCCGCACGCCCAGCGAAAGAGCUAA